AUAAAUUUUGUGAAUUUUGCCGAUGAUUUUAAUAAUAAUUGAAUUUUUUUCAAUUAAAAGAAAAAAAAAAUGAAAAUAAUUAUUAAUUUUCAUUCACAAUUUUCACACAAAAUCUGACAUAUUUUUAUAGAUUAUGUUUUUAAUUUGUUUUCUAAAAAUUCACGUGUUUUCCAUCUCUGAAUGUUACCUGUUUUUUGAAUAUGGAACACGCGAUUUAUUUGAUUAGAAAUUUUUUUUUUUUAUUUUAAUUUUAAUCAGAAUUAAAAGGCUCUUGUAUUUAUGAAUUUUAUUCUUACAGUUAGAAUUAGAAUGCUAGAAUAUAACCUUAAAUUUUGACAUGUUGUUUUGUUGACAUUUUUCGUUGAAAUCUGUGGACUUCAGGAUGUCUUAUUAUUUAUAUAUAUUUUAAUUCCUCGAUAUAGAUAUAUAUAUAUAUUUUCUAGCGCGACAUAUUAGUAUUAAUAUUAUAAUAAAUAUAUUAAUAUAAUUAUUGACAUUAAUGUUAUUAUUGAAAUAAUAAACAUUGAAUUUAAUAAUGAUAAUAAUAUAAUAUAAAGCAAUGACAACGUAUUAUAAAUUAUAUAUUGUUACAAUGCCAAAAAAAAGUGAAGAAAAGUAGUGCCAAAUGCAAUAAUAAAUUAUAAACAAGUGCAAAAAGGAAAUAUUCGCAUAAUAUCAAUUACACAUGAAAUUUUUGAUGAGAAAUUAUAAAAAUUUGAAAUUGAUUUAUUGAUUCUCAUAUAUGGAAGUCAAGAUCUUUAUCAAAUCACAAUGGCUUAUGCUUAUUGGAAAAGUGGAAAAAUGCAUGAUUAUGGUGUUUUCGAUUUAUUUUUUCGAAAAAAUCCUUUUCAUGGAGAAUUCACAGUUUUUGCUGGACUAGAAGAAUGUCUCAAAUUUCUUGGCAGUUUUCAUUAUUCUGACAGUGAUAUUGACUAUUUGAGAACUACAAUGCCAGACUGUGUAGAGCCAGAAUUCUUUGAAUAUUUAAAAAAUCUUACAACUGAUGAUGUUAGUUUAUACGCAAUUGAAGAAGGCUCUAUCGUUUUUCCAAGGGUACCACUUCUAAGAGUAGAGGGUCCAUUGAUAAUUAUUCAGCUGUUGGAAACGACAUUUUUAACUCUUGUCAACUAUGCAAGUUUGGUGGCAACAAAUGCAUCUCGAUAUAGAAUGGUAGCGGGAAAAAAUGUAACUUUAAUGGAAUUUGGUCUCAGAAGGGCACAAGGACCAGACGGAGGACUCAGUGCUUCCAAAUAUAGUUAUAUUGGUGGUUUCGACGGUACCAGCAAUGUAUUGGCAGGAAAAUUAUUUGCAAUUCCCGUCUAUGGAACUCACGCUCAUGCAUAUAUUACAUCGUUUAACGGCAAAGAUGAUUUGCAAAAUAGAACACUUGCUCAUAAAGAGACAGGUCAAAUGAAGGAUUUAUUAGCUGCUUCGUGUAAAUAUCGAAAAAACAUUGCUGCCGAUUUGGAAGCAUUGGAAUUGGAAGCAUCCGAUGGAGAAUUGGCGGCUCUUGUCAGCUAUGCGAUUGCAUUUCCAGAUGGAUUUAUGGCUCUAGUCGACACUUACGACGUCAAAAGCGUAGAGGCACCGUUCAAGAGAAAGGCGCAAAUUGAGAGCCUUGUCGUUAAGAAUAAGCUUCUAAAUAAAGGGCCCAAUAAUAAGGCACUGCAAAACAGUAGUAGUGCGAGUGGCAACCCAAACAAAAGUGACUCAACAUCAUCUAACAAGAAUGGCUUUUUAAAAAGAAGCGAAUUGGGUGAGCUUUAUGUGAGAAGUGGUCUUCUCAAUUUCUGCGCGGUGGCACUUGCUUUAAAUGAUUUGGGCUACAGGGCAAUUGGAAUAAGAAUUGACAGCGGUGAUCUUGCAUAUCUCAGUCAAGAAGCUAGGGAAUCGUUUGAAAAAAUUGCCGAAAAAUACAAUAUUCCCUGGUUUGCACAAAUGACAAUUGUCGCAUCAAAUGAUAUCAAUGAAGAAACUAUAAUUAGCCUAAAUGAACAGAAUCACAAAAUUAACAGCUUUGGAAUUGGAACACAUUUAGUGACAUGCCAACGACAACCAGCUCUUGGUUGUGUCUAUAAAAUGGUGGAAAUUAAUAAAUUGCCGAGAAUAAAACUCAGUCAGGAAGUUGAUAAGGUUACAAUGCCAGGUAGAAAGAAUGCUUUUCGUUUAUAUGGUGCUGAUGGUCAUGCACUUGUGGAUUUACUUCAAAGGUAUGACGAGGAUACGCCACAAGUUGGACAAAAGGUCCUUUGUCGACAUCCUUUUCAAGAGUCAAAGAGAGCAUAUGUUACUCCAACAAGAGUUGAAGUUCUACACAAAUUAUACUGGAAGGAUGGUAAAUUGUGUCGACCUUUGCCAACUUUACAAGAAACACGACAAAGAGUACAAGAAUCAUUAAAAACUUUACGCAGUGAUCAUAAGAGGAGUUUAAAUCCAACACCUUAUAAAGUAGCCGUAAGUGAUAAAUUGUACCACUUUAUUCAUGAUUUAUGGUUGCAAAAUGCACCAAUUGGACAAUUAUCAUGAAGAUGAAAUGAUGAGGAAUUUAAUAAAGUGAAUCAAUGUUCACUUACUGUAUGGAUAGAUCAGUAUUUGAAGUGAAGAGGAAAAUAGAAAUUUGACAGUAAAUCAAAGUUCAUUUACUGGGUGCAAUAAAAUUUUCGACAGAAAUAAAAUAUAUAUAGGUGGGUGAUUAAAAUUUAAAAUAUCGUUUUUGAAUCCUGCCAAAAAAAAACUAGAAUAUUAAUUAAAAUAUCUUUUUUUUUUUUUAGUCAAUUUUCAUAAUCACUUGUUCUACUUAAAUUCAAAAUUUUAAUUAAAAAAUAUAAUUCUUCUUUCUUAAAACGAAAAAAUGUGUCCCAUCAAUUAUUAUAAUUAUUUUUUUCUCCAGUUUGGUAAAUUUUUAAUUCCUUUUUUUAUGUUAAUGAAAUUUUUGACACAGAAUUUUUUAUUCAUAUAUUCAUGUAAUUUUCAUCAUUUAAAAAAAACAAUUGUCCCCUAAUUUUCUUAAAUGUCAUCUUGCUCUUUAAAACAAUUUAUUAUAAAACUUAAAAAAAAACAAAAUUAAAAAAAAAUUUAAACAAUUUUAAAUUUAAUUUAAAUUUAUUAUUAAAAAAAUUUUUUUUAAUUAAACAAUUAAUUCGUGUUUGUUAACUUAAAAAAAAACUUUAAAUUCCAUCAUUAAGUCAACAUUUGUAGAUACCAAAAACGACUUUUUAAUUACCCAAAUAUAUAUACAUAUAUAAAAUAUUGCUGGGCUUGUCGAUUUUUGACAUAAUAUAUAUGUAAAAAUAUAUUUUUCUCUCGGCAUUCAGUUAAUUUUUUUUUUUUUCUUGAAAAUGUUUGCCGAUUUCACUGCAAAAUUAAUGUUUGCAGUAUUGUUACUAACUCUGCAAUUUUUUUGAGAGCAGAUAUCUUACACACGUAUAGUACAAAUAAUGUCGUUAUUGUGUAGGAAUUAUAAUAUAUUUCGUUAACGUUCCGUUUUGAAAGACGAUGACGUAAAUUUUAUUGAAUUGUGCGAGCAGAGGGGCCUUAAAAAAAAAACGUAACAAAGAAAACAAAAUAAUAAUAAUCUUCGAUAAAAGACCAGUAAAUAGAUUCAUCAAUAAUUAGAUUCUAGUAUCUAUAAAUUAGAAAUAAAUGUUUCACUACGAAAAAAAAAAAAAAUUAUAGAGGAAAAAAAGUAUAACUUUUAACAUAAUAUAUAUUGUAAUUAUCAAAUGCAUUAAAAGUGAAAGUAUUUUCGCACUUUAGUUACAGAAUUGAUAUACGCUUUCAACCAUUUUUUUUUAUUUAUUUAAAUUAAUUUCAUUAAUUUUAAAUAAUAUUCUUUUGGGAAGAGUAGAACUUGUUUUUUUUUCAUUUAGGAGAAAUUAAUUUCGUUUAGUAAACAAUAACAGAUCUAGUAUUUUGUCAUGGAUUUUUUUUUCAAAAAAAAAAAAAAAAAAAAAAAAGUGGCCUGAAAAACCAUUUUCGAAGUUUUAAUAAUUUCGAAAUGUAGAAAUCGCGUAGCAAUACUGUAAUUAAUACACAAAUAAUUCACGUAAAACGAAUGUUAACGAAUAAGAUCCUAUAAUAAUUAUAUAUCAAAUUUAUUGUUCGUGUGCAAAAUUCAGAAACCUUUAACUUUCAUUAAAUGGAAUAUUAUUUUAACAUGGUGGCCAUGAAAACUGGGAAAAUAGUGUAAAUUUAUUUAUGCCUUAAAAAAAAAAAAAAAAAAUUGUAUUUUUUUUCGUUCUUAAAAUUUGAAUAUUAAAAAAUCUUCCAUUUUUCUUUUUUUUUUUUAAAUCAAAACUAGAUUUUUGAUCUAUAAUUUAGAAAAUUUUUUGACAAGAACAAUUUUAUCAAUAAUUAUGCGAAAAUAAAUUUUUUUAAAAAGAAAUAUGAAUAAAAUAAUAUUUUUCUCAAUAAACAAUAUUUUAAAAAAAAAAUCGACAAUUUUUGACAUGAAAUAAAAUUUUGAGCCUUAAAAUUAUUUGAAUCAGAAUUUUAAUAACAAAAAAAGGACAAAAUAAAAAACAGUGAAAAAUAUAUAAUGGCCACCCUGAAUAUUUCACAUAUAUUUAGAUCAUUUUAUUUAGUCAUAUUAUUUUCUAUUUUUUCCCCCAUAUUUUCAAUGAUUUAGUUUGAAAAAAAUUGGAGUUUUUUUUCAAUUAAACAUAUUAUUAUAUAUAAAAUAUCAGAAAAUAGUUUUAUAAUUAAUUUGUAUGCUUCUAUUAUACUUAUAUAAAGGAAAGGUGGACUAUAAUGGAUCAUUUCAACUAUCUGAAAAAUUAUUUUAAAAAACUCUACCAAACUUUAAAUAUAAAUGAGAUUUACGUAAUUCACCUACAUUAAAAAAUUAUUAUUUCUAAAAGUAAAAACGAAAAAAAUCGUUUUUAUUAAUUUGUAUACAUUUUGCAACAUUUUAAAAUUUUAUUUCAGGCAAAAUAAGUUUAUUUAUAAAAUGUAUAAAUAUUAUUAUUGAAAUAAUUGUUUGGUAUUUCCAAAUUCGAAAAAUUUGAAUUUUUUUUAUAUUUAAUCAUGGUAAACUCUCAAUAGAACGUAUUAUUAUUU